AUGGUGGAAGCACAUGUUCUACUCCUCAGAAUUGCCUCGACCCUGUCCCAAUUGCUCACCAGUAUGUAUUUCUUGAUUGGAACAACCAUCAUAUUGGACCUAUAUGGUGGAAGCACAUGUUCUACUCCUCAGAAUUGCCUCGACCAUGUCCCAAUUGCUCACCGAAUUGCCUCGACCCUGUCCCAAUUGCUCACCAGUAUGUAUUUCUUGAUUGGAACAACCAUCAUAUUGGACCUAUAUGGUGGAAGCACAUGUUCUACUCCUCAGAAUUGCCUCGACCAUGUCCCAAUUGCUCACCGAAUUGCCUCGACCCUGUCCCAAUUGCUCACCAGUAUGUAUUUCUUGAUUGGAACAACCAUCAUAUUGGACCUAUAUGGUGGAAGCACAUGUUCUACUCCUCAGAAUUGCCUCGACCCUGUCCCAAUUGCUCACCAAAUUGCCUCGACCCUGUCCCAAUUGCUCACCAGUAUGUAUUUCUUGAUUGGAACAACCAUCAUAUUGGACCUAUAUGGUGGAAGCACAUGUUCUACUCCUCAGAAUUGCCUCGACCAUGUCCCAAUUGCUCACCGAAUUGCCACGGCCAUGUCCCAAUUGCUCACCAGUAUGUAUUCAUUGAUUGGAACAAUCAUUAUAUUGGACCCAUAUGGUGAAAGCACAUGGUAA